AUGGUAUUCCUGGCUAUAACUGGACAGCUUUCGGAUGCUGUGGACAUUAAAAUAUCGGUGUUAAGCGAUCCCGAUCACACCUUCGCACAGUCCGUACUCGAAGCUGCUCGACGAGACAUCAAAGCUUCGGCUAUAGCUCCGGAAUUCACUUUUGAAUUCCUAGAGGAUAACAGCAAAUGCACACCUGGUAUCGACUCAUUGUCGUCAUUAGCCGUGCUUACGCAGGAUUAUUACAAGGACAAUACACAAGCAGUUUUUGGCCCCAGCUGCUAUAAUGAUGUCCCUCAAGUUGCUGGAUUGACUGCGGAAUUUGACAUAUUGCAAUUCAAUCCGUGGGCUGAUCAUACUAUGGAUUAUGAAGUCAAUAAUAUAGUUCAGAUGAUCACGAGAUCAACCUUCAACAUUGCAGAGAACAUAUUAGCUCUUUUGAAAGCAGCAGAUUGGAACAAGAUAGCAGUUGUCACUUGUCUUGAUUGCUACUAUGGACUAUCCGAUGCAGAAGCAAGGGGUUAUAGACAAUACAAUGUGACAAGCUACCUAGCCGAUCGAGGAAUCACCAUCUUAGGAAAUCUUGAGAUGUCCAAAUACUGGAAUGCCUCUUUUCUAGCUGACUCAGUCGACAAUCUCAGCAAAAUUUGUCGAGUCAUUCUGCCUUUGCUGGGUAAUCAGCUAUCUGAUUAUGUAUUAUUUCUCGAGGCGAUGAAUACGACGGGACAUUUGACUCCAGAAUAUAGUAUACUCAUUGUGUUCUGGGAUUAUCAGGCGGGCUUUAUGCAAACCCUUGAAUUAUACGAAACACUUUUUGUAUAUGCCAAUAUUCUUCACUCUCAAUAUCAAACAGACACAUCUGGUUAUUACAAUGCAACGACUCUACGAAAACUUAUUACUUCUAUACAAGGUCCAUUUGGAGAAAUAAGGUUUAACGAGAACACGCAAAGGAUUGCCCCAUUUACAUUUGGUUAUAUUAGCGACUCUGGUUAUAGUUUUAUUUCCAAGCUUGAAGGUGUUACCGGAUGUAAACAAACACCAUGUUUGACUUUGAAUCUCGCCAAUACCAAUUUGAAAAUGCGAGAAGAUAUGCCGACUUGCGGUUUCAAGGGAGAGCUAUGCGAUCAGACGGGGACCAUUUUUGUAAUCUUCAUCGUAAUGGCAGCAGUCGCAUUAUGUAUCGGAUUGUUUGUCAGUUUGCGUAAAAUCAAGCAUAUAGAAUCUAUGCAAAUGCCUUGGGCCAUACCAUAUCCAUCUUUGAAGUUUAUUGAUUUAGAUAUCUCAACACAUGGGAGCCAGCAGUUGUCCAUUCUGAGCUUAAACGAGCAUAUGGAAACAAAGGUGAAAAUGCGGGACUUUCUGCGAACUCGACAAUUGGCGACAAUAAAUCAAUCUUAUGUUCUGGUAGAGACAAUUAGUCUAAAAGAGCGUUUAGUGUUCUUCAAGCAAGAUGUAGAUCUAUUGCUCAAAAUAAAGCACUCCAAUCACGAAAAUAUCAAUCCAUUCAUUGGACUUUCUUACGACAGCGCACAUUUGUAUGUUUUGUGGACUCACUGUUUUCGCGGAUCACUCGCCGAGCAGAUCUUUGGGAAAAAGGACGAGAGAGCCACAUUUGAGAACAAUUUUCGAGGAGCGUUUGUUAGGGAUAUUCUAAAGGGCUUGGACUACAUACACAACUCUUCUAUAGGCUAUCAUGGUGCAUUGACAACGGGACACUGUCUAAUCGACUCACAUUGGAUUUUGAAGAUUUCUGGUUUUGGCUUGUCCAGAAUGCUUUUUCGCAUGAAGAAUGCUGGAGUUAUAGGCACUGAAGAUGGACGUCCCCUCAUUCCAAAUGCAGAUCUACACUAUAUUGCUCCCGAAAUUCGAACCGAACUUCGAUCGCACAGUUACCCAAACAAAUCCGAUAACCUCAAUCUCACGAAUGUCAUAGGAAAGGCUGGAGAUAUGUGGUCAUUCGGCACCAUCCUGUCCGAGAUACUUUUCCGACGGAAAUACGUUGAUCUCGAAGACUACUAUGAUUCGGGUGAAGAUGAGCUAAUAUGUGAAAAGGCUGAUGAUACACUACGAGCUAAUCCACCAUCCAUACCCGAAGACCGUGAAAUUCACGCGGAUCUUCGCGCACUCAUUCAAAAGUGCUGGGAAGGAGCGAAUACUCGACCUGAUGUUACGCAAGCAAGAAAGAUUACAGAUGCAACGUUAAAAAUGUCCGGAUCUCUUGUGGAUCAAAUGAUAAAGAAUAUGGAAGAGUACACGAAUGGACUUGAGGAGCUUGUGAAACGACGUACGGGGUUGCUGGAAGAAGCGCAGAAGAAAUCUGAUGAGCUUCUGUCUGAAUUAUUGCCGAAAUCUGUAGCCGAAGAGCUCAAAGUGGGACGACGAGUUGAUGCGAAAAAUUACAAAUCUGCUUCGAUCUUAUAUUCUGACAUUGUCGGAUUCACAUCCCUUUGUUCCGAAUCAGAACCCAUGGAGGUGGUGGCACUUUUAAGUGGAAUGUUCCAGAAAUUCGAUCACAUCAUAAGUGUCCACAAUGGUUACAAGAUGGAGACUAUCGGUGAUGCAUAUUGUGUUGCUUCUGGAGUUCCAAAUCCUAGCAAGACCGAGCAUGUUUCGAACAUCGCAACAAUUGCACUUUUGCAAAGAGAGUUUCUAUACGACUUUAUGAUCCCCCAUCGACCAGGCCAAUAUCUUCACUGCCGUUGGGGUUUCAACACUGGACCUGUAUUCACAGGAGUUGUAGGAAUUCGCGCACCUCGCUAUUCAGUAUUUGGUCCUACGGUUACAAUAGCGGCGAAAAUGGAGAAUUCUGGCAUACCCGACAAAAUUCAGAUGACUCUGAAAAGUCAUCAAAUGCUAUCCGCACGAUUUCCGGAGUUCAAAUGCAGUUCGCGAGGAAGUGUAAAAAUAGAUGGCAUCGGAACGUUGCUAACAUACUGGCUAGAUGGAGUUGAAGAUCUUCUAAAAAGUGAUCGAACACCUCGCGACAAGGAGCCGCCACCUACUAAUAACACAAGCGAUGAAGAUACCGAUCCCUACUCAUUUCCUCGAGAAUCUAGUCAAAUUAGCUCGGCUAACUCUGUUGUGCCUCUAAUACCGUAA